ACCUUAAAGUUGUUUGCAAUCCGCCUUUAAAUCGAGAGACGAAGAAGAAGUAAUGCACCGGAAGUGAUGGUCUCGCUCUUUCUAAUGGAACCAGAUCACGUCUCGUGGGUUCUCUCGGUUCUCUCGCUACAUCCAUGGUUCUCUCUCGGUGUUCCUGAGGAAGUGUGUGUGCACAGCUGAUCCGUCCAUCGUCUGUGUGUCUGGAUGAACCUCUGACUUUGUGCUCUUUCUUCUGAAACCUUUAGCUCGGACUCUAGAAGCUAGCUUAUCAUGCUAGCUGGUAACACGCUAGCAACACAGAGUGAGAGAAACAGGAAGUGGUGAUUUAGUAAACAUGAGUGUUGUCCUGCUCUCGUUGGUGAAGCAGCGACUCACUGCGGCUGCUGAAGACAUCUUUGUUCUGUUUGAAAGAACGAUAUCAGAGUACGAGGAGGAACUGUCUCGUUCAAAACAGGAGAACGAGAGACACCGGAAACUACUGGACGCUGUUUUACAGCCUCAGCUUCAGAUCCACAGAGCAGACGUCCAGCAGCUGGUGGUGGUUAAAGAAGAGGUUCCCCCUGAGCAGCAGGAGUGGAGCUCCAGUCUGGACCAGGAGGACCCAGAGCCCCCCCCACACAUUAAAGAGGAGGAACACUGUAGUCAGGGGGGAGAGCAGCUUCAAGGGCUGGAGGAGGCUGAUAUCACCAAGUCCACAUUCACUCCUGUCCCUGUGAAGAGUGAAGAUGAUGAAGAGAAACCUCAGUCCUCUCAGCUUCAUCAAAGACAAACUGAACACCUGGAAACAGAAGCUGAUGGAGAGGACUGUGGAGGACCAGAACCAGCCAGGAACUCAGAUCCAGAGAGACAUUUACAACCAGAGACUGAGGACAACCCUGGAGACUGUUCUGAACCUGACACUGAAGACAGUGCUGAUUGGAAGGAGACCAGAGAACCAGACGUCCAGCAGCUGGUGGUGGUUGAAGAAGAGGUUCCCCCUGAGCAGCAGGAGUGGAGCUCCAGUCUGGACCAGGAGGACCCAGAGCCCCCCCCACACAUUAAAGAGGAACAGGAGGAACUCUGGAUCAGUCAGGAGGGAGAGCAGCUUCAAGGGCUGGAGGAGGCUGAUAUCGCCAAGUCCACAUUCACUCCUGUCCCUGUGAAGAGUGAAGAUGAUGAAGAGAAACGUCAGUCCUCUCAGCUUCAUCAAAGACAAACUGAACACCUGGAAACAGAAGCUGAUGGAGAGGACUGUCGAGGACCAGAACCAGCCAGGAACUCAGAUCCAGAGAGACAUUUACAACCAGAGACUGAGGACAACCCUGGAGACUCUUCUGAACCUGACACUGAAGACAGAGCUGAUUUGAAGGAGACCAGAGAACCAGGUUCAAACCCUCAGAAAAUUAAACAAAACCCUGUCAGUGAUUCAAUACGUAGUGCAGGAGAGAAUACAUUUGGCUGCUCUUUGUGUGAGAAAACGUUUAAACAGAGAGGAAAUUUAAAUCGGCACAUGAGAAUCCACUCAGGAGAGAAAACAUUUGGCUGCUCAGUUUGUAAGAAAUCUUUUGCACAGAGAGGAAAUUUAAAGCAACACAUGAGAGUCCACACAGGAGAGAAACCAUUCAUCUGCUCAAUUUGUAAGAAAUCUUUUGCAGAUAGAGGAGAUUUAAAGAAACACACAAGAGUCCACACAGGAGAGAAACCAUUCAGCUGCUCAAUUUGUAAGAAAUCUUUUGCACGGAGAGGACAUUUAAAGGAACACAUGAGAAUCCACACAGGAGAGAAACCAUUCAGCUGCAGAGUUUGUGACAAAAGAUUUAUCCGGGGUAAUCUAGUCAAAACCCAUAAGUGUGUUGGUCGUCAGUCCUCACAGCUUCAUCAAACUCAAACUGAGGAGAACAGAGAGGCAGAGCCUCCAGCCAGCAGCUCAGCUGAACACAUGGAAACAGAAGCUGAUGGAGAGGACUGUGGAGGACCAGAACCAGCUAGGAACUCAGAUCCAGAGAGACAUUUACAACCAGAGACUGAGGACAACCCUGGAGACUCUUCUGAACCUGACUCUGAAGACAGUGAUUAUUGUUAGGUUUAAACUCUUUGAGUUAGUCCCAGUAAGUGUGUGUAUAACACGAUACCUGCUCUGAGUGUGAUAAAAUAUCAUUGCUCUAAGUCAAGUCUGAAUGUGCAUUUAAAACAAAUAUUAAGCACAGAAACAAGUCCAUUUGGCUCUAAUGACACCAAAGUAACCAACACUUAUGGUGACACUGACAAACAACCAGAGCCAGCCAAGAACAUGACUUUAGCUUCUCCUGACCCUGAAAUCAGUGGUGAUUGGAAAGAUCUGUUAUUCCGGUUAAACACUCUGAACCAGUGGUUCUCAACUGGUCAGGCCUCGGGACGCACUUUUUUCCUUUGUCAAUAAAUCGCGAACCGACAUUUGUUUAUUUGCUUUUCAGCAGACAAAAUCAAUUAAAGUGAAGUACAGUGCAUAUAUCCCUUAUAUCCCUUCACGGAACUAAAGUAUGCUUUUAAAAAAAGUUUAAUGAGAUGAUGGAAUCAAGGCUGAACUGUAUAACAUAAAAAGGCACACAUGCUGAAAACCCAACCCCAGCAGGGGCCAAUUUGUGGCCCCACGCAAAGUCAUAUGAUGAGGCCCUCCGUGUCGCAGCGGCAAAACUGUGCCGCGCUUACACUAAUUGCGCCGCAUAACGGUGCGCUCAGUUGAGGGACCCCUCCGCAAGAUGAGGCCCCCUCAGCGAGGUGAGGCCCCACGCAGUCUGCGUGAUCUGCGUGUAGGAAGGGACGGCCCUGCAUUCUGGUGCACUCUGAGAUUAGGCUACUACCCGACAUAUUAAUAAUAUUUGAUGCCAUUGUUUGUGUUUCACUUUGUUCUGAAGCUGAACUUGCUGCUCCUCACAGAGAGAAGAGUAAAGAGGAGAUAGUCUUUGUGAAUUACUUUAAAUUGUGGGUAAGGGUAGAUAGCUCCCAUUGUACUGUGACCUGGCAAUCAUCAAACCGGGGGUCAUAUUUCAUUAUGUGUUCAUUUGUGUUCGGCAGUGACUGAGUCGGAGUUGCUGGACCUGAAGCUGGACUACAAAACAUACUGUAGUUAUGAGACUGAAAAAGACUCACACUCGAGUCCUCACUAACACUAAGAAAGAGGAUCAGUCCAGUUCUGAAGUCUUUACACUGGUUCCU